GAUACUUUGUAACCGUUUCCAAAACCGCGAACAAACAACAAGGUCCACUACCUCUCAGACGGCACUUGGAUAGAUACCUACCACCCACCUAGAGGUGUACCUAAUACACGACUCGUGACAGAACCUUAGACAGAUGGCGACCGUUGGUUCAGCAGCCCCGCGCUUCAAACUCGUGUUUCGCGUGCCACCCGCCGCCCUAGCGUCCGUCAAGAACGCGAUAUUCUCCGCCGGCGCGGGCCGCUACCCGGGGCCGGGCAAUUACACCGAGUGCUGCUGGACGACCGUGGGCACCGGCCAGUUCCGGCCCGGCGACGCUGCGAACCCGCACAUCGGGAAAGUCGGCGAGCUCGAAGAGGUCCCCGAGGCCAGAGUGGAGACCCUCUGCGUCGGCGAGGAUGUUGUUAGAAAGGCCGUCGAGGCACUGAAGAGGUGAGAAAUAUUGAUAAAUACCAUGAAUGUUUGAUGAAAUUACUAAAUGUUGACCCGGAUACGCAUAGAGCACAUCCUUACGAGGAGCC